UCCGCCCCGCUCUGCCCGGCCCCGGGUGGCUGCGAUGCCGAGGUCCUCUGCUCCCGCCGGGCUUGCAGCGGGCGCGCGCGCGUGUGUUUAUGUCUGUGUGCGUGUGUGUGUGUGUGUCUCUGUGUGUGUGUGUGAGAUGAAUUGGAGUCAUACGACUGGGUGUUUCCUUCCGAGUGGUUUUCAUCAGCAAUCCAUUAGGAAAUCAUGGAAACUUUUUUUUUCUGGCUGAAAGGAUGAAAACUGAGUAAGUACAUAGAACUUUGAACUUGAGACGGAAUGAAACAAAUUCAAGCAAAAACCCUGACAGUAACUAUGUCCAUUCAAAUUGCGUAUGCCCUUUCUAUGUUAAAAGCCGUGAAUACUUACAGGACAGUGGGAAAUUAAAACUAAAUGAAGGGAAGCGUACAAAAGGCUGAAAGCAAGACUGCUUUAAAACCGGAGGAAAAUUGAGGAACUGCUAAGGCAACCUGGCCUGAGUUCAGCUGUGCAACAGGCACUUUGGGUUUUAAUCUUUUGCGUUCUUCAGUGCUGUUUUCAGACUCCAGAUUUACUUUGGUAUUGUUUUCUCUCUUCCUGCAAAGCUGAGGCAGAGUCGGACUCCUUUACUGUGAGUUUAAAGAUGUGAAAAUAAGGCAUUGCUGGAAGCAACAGUUUGGCAGCCUGGGGUACACUCAGGUUAUUCGUUACAACUAUUAUUAUUUGAUGUCUUUUUUUAAACUCAGGUCAUCCACUUUUGACUGUCAUCCAUGGAAGAGCUCUUAUUAAAUGCCUCAGACUUUCGGGACCUGUGAUUCUUUGGCACAACCCUUUGGAAAAUUCUUAAGCAGGGGUGAAGCAAACUUGAUUGGAGUUCGGGAAAAAGAAGACAGAUUAGUAUUUUUCAUGCUGACAAAAAAUAGCUGCUAUGACUUUUCCCGCAACGUGGACAGGGGCCAAGUGAAGCUGAACUGGUCAUGGUCUGUCGCCCAGUGUUCCCUUGUCGUCGGCGAUUUUGCCCCCGACCCUUCUUGGUGGGCUUAGUGGUGGCAAUCUGUCUCUUCUACCAGACUCUGACCCUCCGAGGGACGAGGAAGCUCACAGCCGCUGCCCCUGGGGCUGUCCCACACACAUCCACUGAAACCCAGGCAAGCAGAUGCCAGAAAGGAUUCUCCCAGGACAAACAGUGCUUCCAUCUCUCUGGUAAUGCCCAGGAAACCGGAAAGAUUGAAGAAUCAAUGGAGACACACUUUGGCAGCCAUGGCCGAAGGGCCAUGCUCUACAGGCCUCCUUUCUACAGCAAAACAGAGCUUCGGCUACACCAGCGCAUUCUGACUCAACAUGGCUAUACGGUUGUCAUCGCUGAAGAAAGGCUCAAAGCUGGCCUAGGGCUGGGGCUACUAGAACAAGGUGAUCUGGGCUCUUGGGAUCUGCUCAUUUGCCUGUCUUCUAAGAAAGCAGAAGGAACACCCUGUAUAUCCAAGGAAGUCAUGUGCCAGUUAGGUUUACAUCAAAAGGCAAACAUAUUACCAGAAAUACAGCAGCCACUUUGCAGAAAGGAAGGAUUAUGUCAAAUAGUUAGAAGAUUCCCAGAAUUGCAACUUCCAGUGAGUCCCUCUGUGUGUCUGGAUCAGGGAAUACAAUUAAAGCCUAGUACUUCGAGUCACCUUUUAAAAACAGUGAAGCCACGUAUGUGGAAACCAGGGGACUGGAGACGUGAACAGCUGAAUGAAACGACAGUCCUUGCUCCACAUGAAACAAUCUUUCAAGCUGAAGAUCUAUCUGUGAUUCUUAAAGCGUAUGUGUUGGUGACAUCCUUAACCCCUUUGCGUGCAUUCAUUCAUUCCACUGGCACAGUUUGGAAUCCACCAAAGAAAAAACGCUUCACUGUCAAGCUGCAAACAUUUUUUGAGACAUUCCUGAGAGCCAGUUCACCUCAGCAGGCUUUUGAUAUUAUGAAGGAAGCAAUUGGCAAACUCCUGCUAGCGGCUGAAGUAUUCAGUGAAACAUCUACUCUGGGACCAAAGACCUUCCAUAGAUGCAGAUUCUGCUUUCAACUUCUAACUUUUGAUAUUGGUUAUGGCAGUUUCAUGUACCCUGUAGUGCUCCAGGUACACGAGCAUUUAAAUUUUCAAGAUUAUAAUAACAUGGAUUUUGAGGACCAAAAUACAGAAGAAUUCCUUUUAAAUGACACUUUCAAUUUUCUCUUCCCUAAUGAAUCAUCACUUUCCAUAUUUUCUGAGAUAUUUCAGAGACUUUAUAGAUCAGAUGUUUUUAAGGGUGAAAACUAUCAAAAGGAACUAAAUCAGUGUCUAUCCUUAGAAGAAAUUAACUCAAUUAUGACUUUCAUAAAGGAACUUGGAAGUCUGGGACAAUUCCAACUGCUCUUCCCAUCUACUACUCCUGGGAUUCAGUCACUGAUGCAUGAAUUUUAUGAUGUGGCAAAUCCUGUGGGAAAUCCUGGCUCAGUCCUGACCCAAUACUGGUCUCUUUUAAAAGUAUUUGAACAAUUUCAGUUCAUGAAUAAAAAGACACAGCCACUUCCACUGGAAUGGAAUUCUUUCACAGAAGAGAAGAACAUUGAAAAACCACAAGUGCCAUUUGAUGCAAUAGAAAAUAAAAAAGCUGCAGUUCCACAAAUUAAAAAUGAAAAUAAAGAAAUACAUUGCAGUGAUGAUAAAAACACACCAUGUCAUAUCAAGCAGAUCUUCACACAUCCACAUUUGGAACUAAAUCCUGACUUUCAUCCAAAGAUCAAAGAUUAUUACUCUGAAGUCCCAUUUGAUGUGGUAACAGUGACAAUUGGAGUGGAGACUCCUAAGUGUCAGUGCAAGGUGCGCCUGUACGAGCAGGCAGGGCCAAGCUUUGCCAGCUACCCUCUGGGCUUAGGAAUGAACAAAAUCUCAAUAUUUGUUGUGGAUGAAUCUCCAGCACACGGUGAGACCCUGAUCACGUACAAACUCACCAUCUAUAGAGAAGACCGCCCAAGUCUGCCCUUGUUUGAGGCCUUCACAGCAUGUGGUUUUGUGCAGGAUUGUGGUUUGCUGAUUCAUCCAGAGGAAACCUGUGGGUUGCAGCCUAUUUCUUCUGACUACAUUGAAGCCAUUUUACAGUCUGAACUAAAAAGAUGUCCAUCUGGGGACAUGAAAGGCCAGUGGAUUGUGCCUUGCCUUAGUUGUUCAGACAACAGGACGUGUGACUGGAGAGAAAUAACCUGGCAGCCCCACAAUUGCCAAUAUGGUGUCCUAACUAAGCCUCAACUCCAGCAGUGCCUGGGAGGAAGGAAGGAAGGAACAGACAAUGGAGUGCUAAGAAGGCAGGAACUACCUAUGAGAAGGCACUAGAGAAGAUUCUGAGGUUCUCACUUCAGUGUGCUCCAGUUCACGUAUCUUGGAUUAUAUAAAAUUGUGUACGCGCCUAAAUACACAGUUUUAACGAUAUAGUUGCCUUCCUGAAGACUUUCAAUUAAUAUGUAAAAUUCGAAUUUUUAACAGUGAGAAUCCAGAAGUUUCACUGUUGCCAGGAAUAAAUAGUUCAAAAUAUUGUGCUACAAAAACUUUAUUUUCAAUGCUAAUCACAUCACAGCAAGUUUCUACUUUGGGAACAUAUUAAAGUGAAUUGUCUCUCUUUGAAGAAUUGAAUUAAAAGGCAAUGGAAUUUCACCAGGGCAUUGAGAAUUAUUAGAAAGUUAGGCCUUCAAAUAGUGCUCUGCUUUCUUUAGAAUCUCCAAGUAGUAAUUUCUUUCAGUUGAAUUUCCUUAUGUUGUUAUUGUGACCUUUUAUAUGUUUUUCCUACUGUUGUACAUUGAUGAAUGCCAAGACUGUACUUGCAAAUAGAAGCCCACCUGCCUAUAGGGAAGGAACAAGACACAAAUCAGUGGAGAUCUGAAAAGGUGCUCAAGCGUCUAGUAAUUUUGACCAGGAAUCUAACCACACUUAAUGGCCCUUGAGCAGGAUCAUACUUUAUAUACCUCAGUCAUCUGUCUUCAUUGCAGCAACAUGAACAGGAGGCUGAUUUUGGGUGGAAAGUUGGAACAAGUUUUCCCCCUCUGAACAUUAGGUGAAUAUGGGACACUUUUGAACUCUAAAUGUAUCCAAAUAAUUUCAUUUAUAGGUUUAUUUCACUUAUAGGUUUUUGUAUAUGUACAUAGGUUUUGUGAUAUACAAUUGUGUUGAAUUAAAGGAAAAUCAAUUGAAAAAAGCAAGCUAUGUAUUAAAUGAUACGUUCACACAUUUCUUUAAAUAGAUACCCACCUCUUUAUAAAUGCUGAAUGGAACACAUAGAAAUUAUGAGAACAUAAUUUUGUAAUCACAGGGUAAAAUAUGUAGGAAAUAGUUUAGAAAUAUGACAGUCAAAUUUACAACUGCAAAAACUUAGAAGGUUGACCUAACUGAAUUAAACAAGCCUUUAUUUUGUUUGUCAGUGGAAAACAGUUCAGAAUUUAAGCCAGUAAUAAAAUAUCUGAGAGGAGGGUGCAAUUAAGAAAGGGAAAUAUAAAAAGGCAAUAUUUACAAAAAGUACUUAAACUCAGCUGUUAAAACAGGGAAUGUAACUUAUAUUUUUAAGUAAUGUUUUCACGUUAAGUAGUGUCUUGGACUUAAAGGUGUUUAAAUUUUCAAAGUGCGGCUAAUUUAAAAUAAUAUGUUCUUACUAAUAUGUGAAUUCCAUUAUGGUUACGUAAUUCAUUAUUGCCUGUCAGUUUCAGUAAAUCAGUCAGAUAUAAGGAAAGAGUGCAACUUGCUCUUACCAGGAAAUGAUGACUUACACAUGAUGCCCUCCUUCGCAUUCAAUACGUACUACAACAAUCCAGAGAUAAUGGCAAUGUAGACAAAUAAUUUUGUUCCAAGCAGCUAGAAGAGCUAUGCCUAGGUGAUGUAUAGUUGCUUGCUCUGCUCUUUUUUUUUGCCAAAUUUUAUGUCUGAGAGUGAUUUGCCUAAGUGUCAAUCUUACAUUUGUUUUUGACUGCAAACAUCAGUUUGGCUGCUCAUCUACAUCCAACUUAAUUAAAAUGCACAACUGGAAAACAUUUAUUGUAACCGCAUCACAUUUCACAGAGGGAUGCUUUGUUGAUCUAGUUUUUCAUCAUGACCUAAGUAUCAUUAGCCGUUUGACCAGUCUCAGCUUCAUGUUACAACUGAACCACCCCAUUCAUCAUUUAGAAAUGCAUGUUUAUCUUAGGAGAUCAGUGGUUUUCAACCUUAGGGCUCAUCAGUAUCACUGUAGAGCUUUCUAAAUAUGUGGGUUAUGCUUGGCUCUGGACCUAGAUGUAACAAAUAAGACACUCCUCACCUCACUUUUAUUUCCCUUAUCUGUAGCAAUGUGAAAGCUCUCCAGUAAACAGGUAUUACCUGGAUUCAUGGACAAUUAGCUCUUACUGCACUCCUAUAUAACUUCCCCUUUGGGAAGGUUCUAGUGGGUUCCUGUUAACUAGGCUCAGUCUUGUGUUGAAAUCUACGUGCACUUUAUUGGAUCCAGAGAAAUGCUACCACUUCUGUAAAUAUUGACGAUAAAAGUGAUGCGAUGCAGGAGGAAAGACAGGAAAAAGGAAAAUGAUUUUAAUUUUUUUCUUUUUCUUUUCUUAUCUAUUAAUACUACAUUUAUCCAAUUCUCUUCCUGCCGCAACAGAUCAGAAGACUCUGAGAAGCUAACGAGUUAUACUACCUUUGUAUUGAUUCAACCUAGAUAGCCACCAAAUCUCCAUUUCCAACUUGAUUCUUUAACUAUGUCCUGGUUACUUUUGGUGAUGCUGGAGUAAAGAGGUUAUGGAUUAAAAUAUUUAAAAGUCUAAGUAUUAUCAUUGUUAGUUCCCUUCAUGAAGAAACAAAAUGAGAUAAAAAUCAUUUCAUUGUACAUUUAAAUUAAAAGUUCCCAAAGUCUUGCUUGUAUUUUUACCGAUAAAUAUUUCUUGAUAUUAUUCAUGUCAGGAAACCAACUUCUCAAAAUAGAAGACCUUUCAGGCAUCACACAAAUUAAAAUUUAGCCUUUCACAUACUUCCCAUUCUGCUAGUUCGUAGGUGGAAAAAUCUGAACAGAGGGUUUAGUUUUUCCCCAGGAAGACUUAGCAUGUAAGAGAAUGUAGUAGAGAAUAACUAAGAAGUCAUCAAAGUCAGUUUCUCUUCUCCAUAGCACACAACUUGACUAUAUUUCUCAGUGUCUCCUGACAUUAGGUAUUUGGCCAUGAGACUGAGUUCUAACCAGUGGAAUAUGAUCAGCAAUGAUGUGACCAGCUUCCAGGGCUGGCCCAUAGAAAACCUGACAGCUUCUUUUUUCCUUCCUUCAGUUGGGUGUCAAUGUCCAGAGAGUUCCUAGAAGCCGUAAUUGAAGAUACAGUCCAUUCAUCCUGGGACCUUAAAUGACCUCCCUGCCCCACCCCUGCACAUAAACCUGACUUGAAUCACCCGGACUAUUUUUCUGAGAGAGUAAUAAACCUUAAUUGGGUUUGAGCUAUUCCAAGUUUUUUGGGCUAUCUGUUACAGUGCUUAGCUUAUCUCACCUAAUACAGGGAAUAUGCAACUAAGAAACUGGAAAUAAAAACAAAGAUAAUUAAACCAUUUUAUAAUAAGCCUAUUGAUAUAGUUUGGAUGUUUGUUUCCUCCAAGUCUCAUGUUGAAACGUGAUCCCCACUGUUGGAAGUGGGACCUAUUGGAAGUUGUUUGGGUCAUGGGGAUGGAUCCUUCAUGAAUAGCUUGGUGCCUUCCCCACAGUAAUUACUCACGGUAAUUAAUGAGUUCUUGCUUGUUAGUUCACAUGAAAGCUGGUCAUUUAAAAGAGCCUGGCAUCUCUCCUGCUCCCUCUCUUGCCCUGUGAUAUGCCUCCUCCCUCUUCACCUUCCUCCAUGAGUAAAGGCUUCCUGAGACCUCACCAGGACUCGAGCAGAUGCUGGUGCCGUGCUUGUAUAGCCUGCAGAACUGUGAGCCAAAUAAAUCUUUUAUCUUCAUAAAUUACCCAGGCUCAGGCAUUCUUUUAUAGUGAUGCAAGACAGACUAAUAUAACAAUUUUAAAACAAGCUUCAAGCUUUUGUAGAGCCUAGGAAUAGUACCUCCUUUUAGGUCCUACAGUUCAUGAUGCUAUGAAAAAGAACGGGAAGAAUACCAAUUCCUGUAUACUCUGUGGUAGCUCACAGUGCAUGCAGAGUCGUGAGAGUAGAACAGAUGCAAAGCUCUUCUAAACAUAUCUUUGUGUUUAAAACCACAUCACAUUUUUUCUCUUUGCUUAUCCAAAAGAGAAAAAAUACCCACGCAUGCUAACGUAAGGCAGUAAUUUUCACAGGGAAGAGAAAGAAUUAUUUAUAAAUUGUAUGCCUAGUCAUAAAUAUUUGUUAUGAUAAUCUAGGCCUUUUAAAACAGAAGUUCUUCCUCAAAACAAAUAAUCUGCAAAUUUCCUUUUUAAAAAUCUACCAGACUGAAUGGCCUAAAAUAUAUAGAGGUUGAAUAGGAAUCAUAUAACUGAAACAAAUCACUCUAAUUCCUGACAGUAUUUUCAAAUUGUGUGAUAUGCACAUUAAAAAACUGACAUUUUGAAGUUAGACAUCUUUUAGUUAGAAAUAUCAAUCUCUUACAAAAAUUGCUUUUCCAACAGAACAAUCAAUCUUAAAAUUACAACUGAAUUUUCAUUGUAGUUAUACUUUAUUAUUUCCAUCUUUCGUGAAUGGAAAGGCACUAGAAUAACAUAAUCCUCUAGAAAUCCCAGAGCUAUGUCUGCUAGAUUCAAAUUUGUUAUUGAGAUAUUUGCGAUUUAGAAGAGCUUGUUGUGCAAAUGACAGUGGUGAUGCUUCCUUCUCCCAUUCAGGUAGCUCUUGCUAGUCACUAAUCAGCAAUGGGGCCACCUGGGACCCAUUCUGAGAGCAUUGGUUUGCUCAGGAUGGCGUUCUCUCUUCGAGUCCUCCGUACAGAACUUUCCAGCCACCCUUCAAGUCCUGCUGGAGAUCAGGAGGAGAUUUGGUAGGGCAGGAGAGAAAUAGCUAUGACUUAGACAUUUCCUAUUUUUGCUGCCAUUUUCUUUAGAGGAGCUAACAAAUUUUAAGUGCCUAACAAGGUGGCAUACAUUCAUUUUGUGCUUACAUUUUGUGCUGCAUACAUUUUGUGCCAAGAAUAUGAAAAGUAUUUAAAAUCACAUUUAAAUCCUCCUAUAUGGACCUCUGUUUCUCCCCACAGUACACAUAAUGAAAUGAACCCUUGGAGAGGUCACAUAAUUUGUCUAAAAUCAUCUAGUUAAUAAAUAAUAGUACCUAAGAAUUCUGAAACAGGACUGUCGUGCCUCUGACAUGCUUUGGUGGGCUGCAUUUUCACAUAUAAACACACAGAAAAUACUGGAAAUCUAGGAAUUUUGUUGUUGUUUUUCUCAGUAAUGUAUAGCUACUUUGAUUUUUCUCAACCUUUGUGUUGUUCUGCAUAGCCCACAAUACAGAUAUCUAGGGAGCUUGCUGGCUGUCUGCGGAUACCCUAGGAGGGACUGCACCUUGAUACUGAAAUGAAAAGAAACUACAAGAAAAACCCACACUGGCAAUUUAGUUUAAAAGCUGGAUCUCAAAGGUCCUUUACUAUUGUUGUGGACUGAAUUGUAUCCCCUCCUCCAAAUUCAUACACUGACAUUCUAACCCCCAGUACCUCAUAAUGUGCUGUAUUUAGGAACAGGGCCUUCGAAGAGUUGAUUAAGGUAAAAUGAGGUCCUAUGUGUGAGGCCUACUUAAUCCAAUAUGACUGGGAUCUUUAAAGAAGAGAUUAUGACAUAGACACAGAGGAAAGACACAAAUAAAAGAUAGCCACCUACAAGCCAGGGAGGGCCUUGGAAGGAACCAACCCUACUAGCUACUUGAUCUUGGACUUCUAGCCUCCAGAAAUAAGAGAAAAUUAAUUUCUGUUGUUGAAGCCACACAGUCUCUGGUACUUCCUUAUGGCAGCCUUAGCAAAUCAAUACUAAUGGAGUUGCAUAACUGCUGAUAUCUAAAAUUAACAGCAUUCCUAAUUAUACAAUGUUCUUCUUUAAAAAUCAGAAAUGUAGGCAAGAAAAUCAAACAUAAACAGUGAAACGUUGAAUGUAGUAAGAAGAAAUUCAAGUUAUUUCACAAGCUAUUUUAUUACGCUGGAAUGUUAUUGUUCCAAAUGCAGCCUGGCUGAGAGGAUCUAUGACUGAGUCCUUGAAAUCUUGUUAUUCAGGGUAGCCUAAUGAUGCUUAGCAUAACACUACUUGAGCUGAAGGCAAAUUGGAGAAGCUUUCUAGAUUUCUUCAUGCAGCUACUUGGAUACGCUCACCUUGUAAAGAGUUUAAACUUUUGCAGAUUCUCGCUAAAUUUUCUGCAGAUGGACAAAUACAGAAGUACCUGAGAAAUGAUGGCAAUGCCUGCUAUUAAAAUCAGAAAAAAAAAAUGUGCAUGACUAAUAGAAAGAGAAAUCUCCAAAGAAAGAAAAA